CCAAACAUAGUUUCGUCAACGUGUACAAUUCCACAACCACUUUAUUUAUUUAUUCAUCUCUAUUAUAUUUCUUUCUUAUUCACCACUCCAAAUAAAACUCACAAAAUCUUUAUCUUUUCUCUUCUCUCCCUUUACGUUUCCCCUUCCAUCUUCAUCUUCCUUAGUAUCUUCUAUUCAAGCAAAUGGGUCCACUCGUGCUGAGCCAAUUAGCCACCGGUCUAAGCGUCCUGGCCGGAGCGGUUCUCGUUAAAUCGGUUUUGGACCAAAAACCCAUGGCGGGUCAAUUUCCCAGAUGUCCCAGCUGCAACGGAACCGGUCGAGUCCCUUGUCUCUGCUCACGCUGGUCGGACGGUGAUGUCGGUUGUAGUACGUGUUCCGGUUCAGGCCGCAUGGGUUGCAGCAGUUGUGGUGGGUCCGGGACCGGUCGACCUUUACCUGCUAGAAUUACUGUACGACAACCGAACCGCCCUUCCUAGUUGACCGGUUCGGUUUAGAGCUUGUUGUCAUCGCUGCUCCCUUUAGCGUUAGUAACAUUUUAUACAUGUUCUUAUUUUUAUUUUAUUUUAUUUUUUACCUUCCUAUCCCAAAUCAAUCAAUCAUAUAGGUGUUUGUGUAAUAUAAGUGCAAAUUUGACACUUGAAGUAGAGAGAAAAAGGGAUAUUAUCAUGUUGUAAGUAAAUUACUCUGUAAGUAAGAAUCUUGAUCAUCAUCGUCUCAGUCAACAUAUAAUUUUGAUUAA